AUGGCGACACGAAACCUGAGGACUCGAAUGUCGAGUCGCUUGUCUUCGCCUGCGGUACACGCUGAACCUGCGGCAGAGACAAGCGACAAGAAUGUCGAGAUGACGGACGAUGUGAUCCCGGAGGACGAGGAGCCUGACGAUGGCGAAUGGCGCGAACCGCCAGUCCGCGUCCUGCCGCCGAGUUUCAAGGAUCACAAAGGCAUCGAGCGUGUUGGUGUGCUCGAACACCAGCAACCACUAGGUGUCCCGCCCUCGCAGAAGCUUCUCCAGCGCCUGAAGUUGAACUUCACCCGUCCUUCGAAUCGAGCCACGCCACUGCCAGACGACGAGAUCAUGUCACAGGGGCUGGAUAGUGAAGCUGCAGAAACGGGCUCGCCCAUGGAUGCGGAUGUGCCUGCUGUGGAGGAAAUAGAGCAGAUGGCGAUGACUACGCCGCCACGGGGAAGACCGUCCAACAAAGACAUGGCCGCGAUGCAGUCUGCUUAUCCGAUGGGAGAGACACCAUCGCCGGUUCAAGCGAAUUUCAAUGGCACACCACAACAAGCUACAGAUGCAAGGCCGAUGUCUAUACAAGACCAUCUUCGUCAGGAACGAGUGCAAGUCUGGGUCAGCAAAGCUGUCGAGGACGCCCAGGAGCACGGCGAUUUGGGACUUGUUCCGGGACUACAGAACAUCAGUCGCAAUGGAAACGACAAACGUAACCUAUGGAGGGUGCUCGAGGCUGUUUGCCAUAAGAAUCCGACGCCAGAACAGCUGCAUGUCUUCAAGAAGCUCAUCAAGAAAGGCUUGCACAAGUAUCAACGACAAACGGCAGCUUCGGGUGGCGCUGCCUCUAAACCAUUUCUUGGAGUCGAUAACGGCAUUGCAUCGGAACGACCUGUACGCUCGAGCAGGCCAACUUUCACGUCGCCGUUCAGGACACGGGCAGCGACUAGUGGACUGCAAUCGUCGACGCCUGCAUCGCAACGACGGACAAAAGCUACUGCCGAUCACAGCUCUCCCGCCAAAAAAUCGACUAGAAGUCAUCGAAAGCGAAGAAGAACCAGUGAUGCAUCAAUAUCGUCGUCUUCAUCACUAUCAUCAGCAAGAUCUGUUUCGACGCAAUCUCUCGAAAAUGAUGUUUCAGCAGGGGUUGCGCAAGACGAGGAUGCCGAACUUGACGGGCGUGGAGCCAGCCAGGAUGGGCGCCAAGCGGGCGAGGCGACUUCUGCAGCUCCCAGGUUACGUCUCGUCAACAAGAAUUCCUCCAUCCCUCCUCCCGAUUCCAACACGGAAACAACUCAAAUUUCAUCAAAGUCCAUCUCAGAGAAGCUCAAAAAGUCUCAGCAAGCGCCGUCGCCAGAAGCGGAGGCCAAGAGCUUCAAGGAUUACAACUACAUUGAGCGACGCGAAGUCGACGAACGUCAUCACGUGCCUGAACCUGAAGACGACGAGAGCGACUUCGAUGCGACAGAGGCACCGCCGCCGCCUCCUGUGUUGCAUCCCAAUCCGAUAGGACGAAAAGCUGAUUCAGCGACCAGCUUGCAUCUCGACGACGGUCGGCAACCUGCCACUCUGAUGAAUGGCGCGGCUAGGAAGCGCGACUUUGAUGAAUUUGCGGAGAGCGACGAUGAGUCGGAACCCCUUACGCCAUUGUCGUCGUCGCCUGCUCCAUACGAACCUCCGCCACCUCCGCCAAACGCGUUACUGUCACGAUCGGCAACACCUAGAAUCACGCUACGAAACUCUGGACCGCCUGCAAAAGCUGCACGCAAAUCAGCACGCGUGAUAUCGUCGCCAAACAAACCCAAAAACGGGGGCAUCACAGCAGGCUUUACGCGUGCGGGGCCACCAGCCAGGUUGGCUGAACUCGGCGGUGGCGCGGACGCUUCCGAAGAGAACCUCGACAAUGAUGAGCACUGUGCCUCAUGCGGCGGCGAAGGCACACUUCUCUGCUGCGAUGGUUGCACUAACAGCUUUCACCAUUCGUGUCUCGAGCCGCCACUGAACCCAGAUGAAGAGGUUGAGGGCGCGUGGUAUUGCCCGCGCUGCGAAGCUCGUCACAAAAAGUCGACCGAGGAAUCCAAGACUUUCCUCGGCCGUGCUCUCGGCACUCUUGACCAUGUCAUUCCUCGCGCUUUCGCAUUGCCCCUCGAAUUACGCGAGUAUUUCGAGGGCGUGCGUACCGGCGAGGAAGGCGAGUACACCGAAUUCAGUCAACCGCCUACGCGUAGUCAGCAGCCCAAGCAGAACAAGUAUGGCGCGAUUGAGGAGCCGAAUUACAAGGAGCCCCGCGACAGCAAAUCUGGCAAAUAUCUCUUCUGCAAUGGAUGCGAUCUGGGAGCUAACGGCAAAGACCUCAUCCCGUGCGACUACUGCACAGCGAGAUGGCAUCUCGAUUGCCUCAACCCACCUCUUGCGGUUCCGCCUCGGAAGAAGCUAGGCGACAAAGCGAAUGCUACAUGGCGAUGCCCACUGCAUGUCGAGCAUGAGCUUCGACAGACCAGCAGCAGCCAGCAAGACGCCGCACCAGGCGAUCUCGGUGGCGUACCCAAACGCCGCAAGCCCAAGAAUGCCAAACCUAGAGAUGUCGACUUCCCACGUGGUUUCCGACAUAAUGGUAUCAUCGAGGUUCAGCUUGACGAUGAGAUCCCAAAACUUCGUGAGGUCGAUAUGGACGGCCAGGUCUUCCGUUUGCCCGAGCAAGCCAUCAAGUUGGACUUCAUCGAUCGAGUAAAGCGGUCAUGGUAUGAAGACAAGACCUUCCCCUACACUGCGAAUGGACGAAGGCCGCCUCGAUUCGUGGAACGCGACUAUCGGCCUACUCGUGGAGUGGUUCUGCAUGAACCUGAGCAACAAACUAUCACGAUCAAAGAGCCUGAGUUCUACAAGGGCAGUCAUGCGCUGAGCAUCGUCGAGACAGCAAAGACGAACGCCGAGCUGCGCAGAAAGACACUGCCAGAGCAGGAAGCAGUGUUGAGCCUCACUGGUUUAGCUCGCGCAGACCGUGGACCUGAAUUUGCCGAUUCUCUAGCGGACCUCACCAAUGCAAUGAUCGCAGAAGCACCAAGGGAAGUCACGGAACUUCAAGUGCGCGAUGAGCGCCAGAAGCUGCAGUACCUCCAGGCUCUAAUCGAGCGUAGAAUGGGUAUCCUCGACGGUCGAGAAGGCGACCUUCCGCCUCUGCCGGCACCGCCGCCAGCAGCAGUAGAGAAAGCAGACAAGCCAGAAAAGCCGCAGAAGCCAGAGAAGCCUAACAGAUUGCCUUACAACAAAUACUCCCGCGCACCGACUCUCCGAGCAGAGCAGAAAGAGGCGAUGUGGAAUGUUACUCGAGAGCGGAACUUGCUACGGAGCCUGCAACCCGCUCCGCCAGCUGUAUCGAAUAUGUCGCCGACAAAUCCUCAGCAAGGUCAAUUCGGCGCUGCCGAUCCGAUGCAGAACGGUGCACAUUUAUACGGCGCUGCUCCUCCACCACAGCCCGGGCAGCAAGUCGCAUAUCCGUUUUCGCAGGGCGCGCCUGGAGGUCAUCCAGAAUUCAGUGGCCAAGGUCCACUGCAAGCAAACGUCAGUCCUUGGCAACCGCCCAGCGCUUCGCCGACGAAGAGUCCAUUCGCGCCACACCAAGCUGGGAGCCCCAUUUACGGUGGACGUAGCUUUCCCGGAACUCCAGGAUCAGGGCUGCCGUCGCUUGCUCCUGCGCCGAUAGCUGGGCAGCCUGGAAUAUACGGCCCGCCGCCACCAAAUCCAGCCGGCAUGCAGCGACAAUUGUCUGCGGCUGAGUCAAACAUCGACCCCAGUCUCACUGCUUCAAACCCAGAUCCAAACCGUCGCGCAAGCCUGCAAGGACCGAUCGAGAGCAACGAUAACGCUCCGCAAGCUCGAAACGACAUCGCUUUUGCGAUUCGAGCGACAGAUUCGAUCGACGACUUUGGACGCGAUAUUGAUCCCGCGCUGUUCUCCAACACUUCGGCGGGUUUCACUCAACAGGAUUCCGGCAAUGCAAAUAACGACAUUGGCGGAAACCAGAGCAACAACGUCGCCAUACAUGCGACCAAGCUACCGCGGCCCAGUGACGGAAAUGUCAAAGAACCGCCAACGAGUCAGACCAAUGGAGAUCUCGAAGCUACACGAGCAGCGAACAUUGCUGCUGCCGCAGCUACGACGGUGGAGGCACGCUAG